UCCUUUCCUGACACAUCUAGUUUUUUGCCAUCCUGUUCAAUCCACAGGAAAGCGGAACUCUGGUUGGUGUUCAUGUUUGUGUAACGGAGAGAUGAGGGUUCUGUAUUCUUGGCAUCACUGUCUUAACAGCAGCGAGGAAUAGCUUUGUGGCAGGCUAAUCCUGCGCCUUUCCCUUGUGAUGUAUGUUCCCAUUAUAUGUGUGUUUCAUGCUUAAACAGUAAUUAGUUGUGGAUAGCUGGGAGCUCUGCAGACGCCCAAGAGCUCAGAUCUGCUCAAGUUAACACAUCUCCCCGCCCCCUUCCUUGCAUAACUUGUGAUCACAGAGCCAUGAAAGUAUGUGAGUCCCUCCCCCAGCACAGGCUGAUCCCACCCGGCAUAUGACCUGGCCUCCAUGUCAGCCAGAGCGGGCAGCACUGGCUUGCCAGCGUGCUGCACAUAGCCAGGGCAAUCACCACAGAAGAGAGUUUCUAUCCCCUUUCAAGGUGGCCAAGGCCGACAUGGACAGCACCAAAGAAGAGGAGGCUCUGCUGCAGUCUGUGAGGAGGGCUGGAGCCUCAGUGCCAAGGAAGCGAGCCGUGGGAAGGCUGGUCAUGCACAGCAUGGUGAUGUUCGGCCGGGAGUUCUGCUAUGCCGUGGAGGCCGCCUUUGUCACGCCGGUGCUGCUCAGUGUAGGGCUGCCCAAGAACCUCUACAGCCUGGUGUGGCUCAUCAGCCCUAUCCUGGGCUUCAUGCUGCAGCCCGUGGUAGGUUCAGCCAGUGAUCACUGCACCUGUAGCUGGGGCAGGAGGCGACCUUACAUUCUGGGUCUGGGCGUCAUAAUGCUGUUAGGCAUGGCUUUGUACCUCAAUGGGGACAUGAUGAUCUCAGCUUUCAUCGUUGAGAGACAAAAGCAGCAGACGUGGGCAAUAAUCAUUACCAUGCUGGGAGUAGUGCUUUUUGAUUUUGCAGCUGAUUUUAUUGAUGGCCCCAUCAAAGCAUAUUUAUUUGAUGUCUGCUGUCAUGAGGAUAAAGAGAAAGGUCUGCAUUACCACGCCCUCCUCACAGGUUUGGGAGGAGCCCUGGGUUACCUGACGGGUGCUGUGGACUGGGGGCAGAUUAUGCUGGGAUAUUCCUUGACAUCGGAAUUCCAGGUGAUUUUCUUCUUCGCAGCCUUGGUUUUGCUAAUCUGCCUUGCUGUACAUCUGCGCAGUAUUCCAGAAGUUCCACUCAGAUAUGAAAAUGAGGAGUCAAAGUUCUUGUUGGAUGUGACUGAAUCCUAUAAAUACAGCUUCAUAGAGGAAGAAAUCAAGAAUGGUUACUUAAAAUCAACAUGUACUGAAAUAAAGGCUGAAGCUAAACCAGGGAAAUGUGCUGUUGCAUCAGAUAUGGGGGAUCAAAGGCGGAUGACCCUUAAAUCACUCUUGAAGACACUUUUAAACAUGCCAUCCCACUAUCGGUGUCUGUGUGUGAGCCACCUCUUUGGAUGGAUGGCUUUCCUGUCCAACAUGCUCUUCUUCACGGAUUUCAUGGGACAGGUUGUAUACCACGGUAGUCCUUACGCUCCUCAUAACUCCACGCUUUACCUUUCCUACAGAAAAGGAGUAGAGAUGGGAUGUUGGGGGCUGUGCAUCAAUGCAAUUUCUUCAUCAGCCUAUUCUUACAUACAGAAAAUUCUCCUGCCACACCUAGGAUUAAAAGGGCUUUAUUUUAUUGGAUACCUACUUUUUGGAUUGGGUACUGGAUUAAUUGGAUUGUUUCCCAAUGUCUAUUCCACUCUGGCUCUAUGUUCCCUCUUUGGCAUCAUGUCCAGCACUCUGUAUACAGUGCCAUUCCACCUCAUUGCAGAGUAUCACAGGGAAGAAGAGAGCCUGAAGCUGCAGGACGGGGAACAAGCUGGACAGCAUGGGCGAGGGAAGGGCAUUGACUGUGCUGCUCUCACCUCCAUGGUCCAGCUGGCGCAGAUCAUCCUUGGUGUGUGCCUGGGGCUCUUGGUCAGUGUCGCUGGCAGCACGGUCACUGUGAUUUCGGCAUCUACAGUGGCACUGAUCGGCUGCUGCUUUGUUGCUUUUUGUGUACACUAUGUGGAGUAGGACCGCAUGAAGUGAUUGGAAGGAAGCUCCCCAGGGCAGCGUUUUCUUUCUGGGCCAGUAGCAUUGGUGCUGUUGCUGUGCUGAUACUGCUGCACAUCCUCCUCACUUACCUCCUUGGAGCGACUGCAAUUCCAGAGCUUUACUAAAAGGAGACUGGAUAAAAUUGGUUGUUUAUUGCCUCAGAUUUAAAUCUUACCUAUCUUGACUGCUUUGUUACUUCAUUCCUGCUGACCUCAGUGUAUGAACAUACUAUUACACAUGACACUGUGUGCCCAUGGUAACUCAAUGUCCUAUAUGAGGAGUCAUCACAAAACUCCUGUCCUGGGUUCGGGACAACUCCUCAUUACAAAUUUGUGGAAAUUAAUAAAGAAAGUAUGUCAUAAACUUAAAAAGGAGUAGAAAUGGGCAGCUAGGAAGAAAGUUUUAUUUAUCUUGUUUUUCAAGUAUCUUAAGUUUGGGGAUAUUCCUUCUGGUAGUCAAAAGCUGCAGGAGGAUCAAACAGAGGCCAUGUAGGAUGCAAUUGCAUUAUGAUUAGUAGUAAUGUUAGUAGUAAAGAUCAGUUAAUUCCCAGCUACUGUCAGAAGCAGGUUUGAGUGUUCAAGAUGACUGGAAUAUAAAAAGAUUGAAGCCAGUUGUUUAAAAGCAUAACUGUAAAGUAAUUAUUUUAUGCUGGAUCCUGCUGCUUCUACAUAAAUGAAAUAAAAGUACUGAUGGAGCUUGUCACGAAUGUCUGCUCAAGGCUGGUCUGCAAAUCCACGUGUAGGCACCUAAACAAUCCAUCUAUGGGAAACAGGUGCUAUUUCUUCCUUCUCAAAAAGCUGGCCUCUUGACUUUGAUACUGUAAUUGAAAAAAUAAACUUGGCCAAAAUAAGAAUUUUAUGAAUGGUUGUAAGCCACAUAAAUCUUGACAUUGGAUAUGACAGUAUUUGCUUUAAAGUAGCCCCUCUUUUCUAUUUUCCAUCACACAUCUAGCUUUGAGUGAAAUGACAUUUGCUCUUUACAGAAUAUUGUAAAUAAAUUCAGUUCUGCAAAGCAUUAUCAGACAUUACUGUACAGUAGAUACUUAAGUCCAGUUAUUUGUAUUUAAUUGCAUAUGAAGCUUCAUUCUUAGUUUUAUAGUUUUGCCAGAGGUUUGAAAGCUCUGUGUUCGUGAAGGUGAUAUGCUGUUGUAUUCA